UCAUUGAGAUCCGAGCCGUCCGAACUGUCGGGUGGGACAAUCUUUGCUCCGUCACGAGCCACACUAGACCUUAUACACCUUUACUAACUAUCAAAACCGGUAUAGAAUGACGACUGAGAAGCUUCCUUACGGUCACCUCACCAUGCCAGAGAGAAGCACCCGCCGGGAGCGCACGGGCGGCCCGCUCGGCUCGCUCGUCGGUGUUCUCGGCGCCGCCGCGGUGUUCGCCUCCGCCGUGGUGCUGGCCGUGAUCGUGCAGAACAUCGGUCAUGAGAUGGGGAACCUCCGGGCUAAGGUGGAGAGGGAUCAAGAAGAAAUGGCUAAACUACAAGAAAAGGUGGCUAUCCUUACUGUGACGACUGAGAGCUGCAAGCUGAGGGCUGACAGAGAUCAAGAGGAGAUAGCUAAACUACAAGUAAAGGCUGAGAAAAGCGACGGAGAGAUAACCAAGCUCCUAGCCCUGGCACAGAGAGAUCACGACGACAUGGCCAUGGUCCUGUCUCUGAGGGAGCGGAUUGUCGUGCUGGAAACACAGAUCCGAGUCGGGGGUUUGCCACCAAACUACGCCGAACAAACGUCUGCUAGCCCUGAGGGAGAACAGCCUGGGCCAGUCGGUGAGACUGACUCCGGGGUACAGAACAACAACGCCACGAUGGAAGGGCACAAACGGUCUAAGAGAGAUGCGCCCAACUCGGUCCGAAUUCCACUUGGAUUAGGUUGUUGUCAAAACCAAGCGGGACGGGACGGUCGGGACGGACGGGACGGUGUGGCGGGAGCCCCGGGACUGAAGGGCGACCCCGGACAGAAAGGAGACAUUGGGUCAACCGGGGAACCAGGAGAAGGAGCAAAGGGGUCUAAAGGAGAAACUGGAUUGCAAGGGGCCAAAGGGCAAAAAGGCGAACAUGGAACGUCGGCUAACAACGGAGUAGGAGGUGCUGUUUACACCCGCUGGGGCAAGAAGACUUGUCGCUCUGGAACAACGACUGUCUACUCUGGUGUAGCAGGAGGUACGGAUCAUAACCAGCCAGGCGGCGGGACCAACUACCAGUGUCUGCCCACCAACCCACAGUGGGGGAGGUACCAAGAUGGAGUCCAUCAUGCGAGGGCUUUCAUGUAUGGAGCUGAGUACCAGUUGGACACAAAUGUCCCGUUUGGCUCCACCUCCCUUCACGAUGACGACGUCCCGUGUGCGGUCUGCUACGUCCCAACCCGCGGCAGUAAGUUGAUGAUCCCCGCCCGUAACAUCUGCCCCACCGGCUGGACCCAGGAGUACGAUGGUUACCUCAUGGCUGGUCACUACAACCACCCCGCUGCAAAAGAGUACGUCUGUGUGGAUGAACAGCCUGAGGCCGUAACAGGCGGACACGCCAACCAGAACGGAGCGCUGUUCUACCCAGUGGAAGCCCGCUGUGGGCCCCUGCCGUGUCCUAACUACGUGGAAGGGAGGGAGCUCACCUGUGUCGUCUGCACCAAGUGAACCCUGUUUAUCAUGGACAUUAUCAUCAGCAAUACAAACUUAACCUUACCUAAGACAAGUUCAAAGGCUUUAAAUUUCAAUUGACAUUUGUCAUGUCUUGAUGAAAUUUCCUUGUACACAGGCCGAUACAUCUCUAAUGCAUUUUUCAAAAGAAAUUGUAUCAUUUCUGACACAAACAACAUGUUGACUCCGUACCUGUCUCAUCAUGUAAUAGUGUUCAAUCUCAAAGAUUAAACCACGCACAACACUAGUACUUAUAUCUGGAAUAGGAUCAGAGAAUUUUAAAAAUCACUUCUAUUAGACAAGAUAUUUUUGUAAUCCUUGUUUGAUAUUUUACUUUAUCUUGACUGGAUUUGCACAUGUUCUAUCAUCGACUAUAGCAAAGAGCUUUCUGUGUUUCUAACCAGAAAAGCAAUAAACGUUUGGGGAUACUAUG